CAGCAGCAAAGAAAUAACAAAACGAAUAAGAAGAAGGUGGAAUGAAGUCAAAAAGAAAAAUAACUUCUAAAACAAUGGCGACCAACAUGUUCCCGAAGACGAUAAUAUUUAUAUUAUUUUUAUCAAUUUGUCAAGGUACGAAUGCAGCGAUCAGUGACCAAUUAUUAUCAGACGAAAACAAUGCCGACACCGAUUCACACUCAGAGAUACGUGAAAAAUCGUUGCCCGAUUUGGAAUUGCUGCUAAAUCGUAAUCAACACCAUCGUCCCUUGAACACCAUUCAGUCAAUACAAAGGAGGCAUUCAAAAUCGAAGCGACGAAUGAAAAAAAGGUAUAAAUGCUACGUGUGUGAAUCGUCGGAGUGCCAGAAUUUGUCAGAAGAUGCACCAAACAUCUGCACUAAUGCAUUGCAGUGCUGGAAAUCACGUGUGCGUGACGCAUACGGGGUGGAAACGGUUUCACGUGGCUGCACAACGCAUCAUGAUCAUGUGCCAUUUUAUUGCAAUAAUUAUGCACAUUCAUCAUCAUCGAGAUCGAAGAAACGAGAUACAUCCGGCCAGUACAAUAUCGAAUGUUGCGUCGGUGAUUUUUGUAACAACGGCAGCUUUCCGGAAUUGCCGCCGUUAACAAAUGACGACCACGAAGCUACUCGAAUUGGCUCGACACGCAAUUAUAUCGUUUUGACAUUUGCAAUGCUCGGUGCCCUGAUUGCCAUCGUCAUGGUGGUUUGUGUGGUUCUUUACAUUCGACGGCGUACGGACCACAAACGAAUGGUGCCAUCGCGCACGAAACACGAUCAAGACACAUACUAUGCGGGCGAUGAAUUGCUUCGCGUCACCAGUGCUGGUGAUAGCACAUUGAGGGAGUACAUGCAACACUCGAUGACAUCUGGAUCGGGCGGUGGUUUGCCGUUAUUAAUCCAACGAACGCUAUCGAAACAAGUGACACUUCUGAAUUGCAUUGGAAAAGGUCGUUAUGGUGGUGUGUGGCGCGGUAUUUGGCAUGGUGAACAUGUUGCCGUCAAAAUCUUUUCGAGCCGUGAUGAAGAAUCAUGGAAACGUGAAACGGAGAUUUAUUCGACCAUUUUGUUGCGCCACGAAAACAUUCUCGGUUACAUCGGUUCCGAUAUGACAUCACACAAUUCAAGUACACAAUUGUGGGUGUUAACACAUUACUAUCCACUUGGUUCGCUAUAUGAUCAUUUGCAUCGAUCGGCAUUGUCGCAUCACGAUAUGGCCAUCAUUUGCCUGUCAAUCGCAAACGGAUUGGUUCAUUUGCAUAAUGAGAUUUUCGGCACCGAAGGUAAACCAGCGAUCGCUCAUCGUGAUUUGAAAUCGAAAAAUAUUCUUGUACGUGAGAAUGGUACGUGUGUUAUUGCCGACUUUGGUUUGGCCGUGAUGCACAAACCGAAUGCCCCAUUGGAUGUGGGCUCGAAUCCUCGUGUCGGAACAAAACGUUACAUGAGCCCUGAGAUUCUUGAUCAAAGCAUAAAUCUGAAUGAUUUCGAGUCGCUACGACGCGCUGAUGUUUACUCAUUUGCCUUAAUUAUGUGGGAGGUGUGUCGACGAACGAUUUCAGGCGGCAUUGCAGAGGAAUACAAAGUGCCAUACUAUGACGUCGUGCCAUCGGAUCCCGGUUUCGAGGAUAUGCGCAAAGUUGUUGUAUUAGACAAUUACCGACCAUCGAUACCAAAUCGAUGGAGCUCAGACACCUUACUGGCUGGCAUGUCGAAACUGAUGCGCGAAUGUUGGCACCAGAAUGCAAACGUACGCCUGGCGGCGCUACGUAUCAAGAAAACGCUACAGAAAUUGGCGGCAUCGGCGAGUGAUGUGAAAUUUGGUUACGAUGGCGAGAUUUAUGUGUGAGAGAUUCACAAUUGCAAACCGCAAUGAGAGGUUCUAUCAAUAGCCAAGAGUGCAUUGAACCAUACGAAAGGCGUUCAUCGUUCAUACAUCGUCAUAAUUCAUUCGAAAACACCAUCAUCACCACAACAACAACAAAAUCAAAAUACUGCAUUUGAUCAUUUUUUUAUAGUUAAAAAUUAUAUUUGUUCUCAUCAUUUUCAUCAAUUGACCGUCUUUCGGACACACGAAUCGUCCAACACCAAGGAAAAAAACACAUUGAACAAGAAAAAUCUCACAAGAACGCCAUCAUAUUGCGUUGCCUUAUAUUUUAAAGAGAAAGAACACACAUUUUACGUUCGAGUUUCAUUCGAACGAAUUCAAUUAUUCGUUUCCCAUAGUAACAUAAAUUGAUUUUUUUUUUUUGAUAUGAUUGAGACCCGUUUUUCGAAUUUUAACGUAUUUUAAUUUAUAAUAAAGUUGAAAAACCGGGAGUAGACGAAUAAUUUCGAAUAGAAAUUGUAUUCUAAUGCUUGUGUCUUUACACAAGCCGUAUAUCGUCUGUGUAUAGUUGAAACAAAUAAAAAACAAAACAAAAUAUAUACAAAACAAUUUAAAAAUUAACAACAUCAUCAAAAUUGCCGUGCCUGAUGAUGAGAACUGACUGAAAAGCAACGAAUCAAUAACAAAACAAAAAAAAUUAACUACACACAGAAGAAUAAAAAGAAGAAAACUGUUGUUUGGCUCAACCGAAAAUUUCCUAAACUGUGUAUUCGCAUGUGAAAAUACACAAAAUUCGCAUUGAGCCACGAAUGCGCGUGCACGGUGCACGUCCAUCGUUGAUAUCACAUAUUAACGAGUUUUUGUUUCUUCUUCUUUUUUUUUCUAAAUUAGAAAUAGUUGCCAUUUAAAUAAAUACAUCUUAAUUUUUUUAGAUGAUGGAUAAUAAUUAAUGAACACUUAUUUAGAGAAAUAAAUAUAAUGAUGAAAUAAACAUGUUAGAUUUAUAAUUGUUCACAGAAACAAUAACAACAGAACACAUGUGCAACUAAAACAAAAAUUCUACUCUAAUUAAUUAAGAUAUACACUCUAUAAUUUUUUUACAUUUACAUUUUAUUUGAAUUGUUUUUUUUUUCUUCAAAUUCAGUUUAAUUUGUUUUUAUAUAUAUCUAUAUAUAAAUCACAUUCACAUUUUUUCAUUUUUAUUUUCAAUCUUUUCGUCGCUCUCAAUCUGUCUCGAUUUGAAAAAGUCAUUUUGUUAGGAAAAAUUGCAUAGAAAAAACAAUGAAAUUAUUCAUAAGAAAUGCAAUUGUGUUAAUGUUAAUCAUUUUCGAAUAGUGUCCCCUCGUUAAGAAAGGAACUGACCAACAAUCACAAUUACUGUGGUGUCACAUUUAAUUUUCAUAAAUCAUUUAUCAUUUUACAUCAAAUUGUAAUUUACAUCAACAACAUAAACAACAAAAGCAUCAAAAACAACGUUUAUUUCAAUUUAAAUGUCUCGAAGUGAACGAGAUGUAAAGAAAAAGAGAGAGAGAGAGAGAGAGGGAGAGAGAGAGAGAGAGAGAGAGGCGAAGAGUAACAUAGAACAAGAAAGUUAGAACGAGACACAAGUUGCCGGCAUAAAACGCCACAUAAAUUGUACACACAAAUGUAUUCAAUAGGGAGGCACCAAAAAGAACGGUGCUAGUGCUAGUAAUUAACGAAUAGUUCGACAGACUAAUUGAUUAUGUUCAUGGAAAUGGAGAGAGAGAAAAAAAGAAACAGCAACUGAAGUCAACAAUAAUAAAAGAAAUUAAAAUUACCUACAGUUA